AUGUCCUCGAAAGACUCACACCUUUACAAUCAUGGCCGAUCACGCAACCUGAACGGCGGCAAAGAGAUCUCAUCAUCGGCCACACUUUCCUUCACUUCACAAUUAAGCUCCCUCAUCAGCUCCGGGAGCAAUGGCACUUCUGCGAAAACAUCGUCCGGUCGCUCCCGAUCCAAGAAGGACGACAUCUUCUCCACGCACAAUCGAAACUCUGCCAAGCGUGCGAAACGCGACCUAGAGCCUGACAAUGCAGGCACGUUCGAGCAGAAGCAUACCACAAAUGGCGAGGCACUGGACCGCGGAAUUUGGGAGCGCAGUAAGCGGAAGAUGGAGGAGAAGGCGCGAUUGUACGCUGCAAUGAAGCGAGGCGACAUUGAGGAUGUCGAUGAGAGAUAUGCGGUAGACUUCGACACAAAAUGGGCCGAGGCAAGAGCAGAAGGCAAGGAAGAUCUUUCGGACGAAGACAACGAAAUUGAGGACGCCGGCGAGGAAGUGGAAUAUGUCGAUGAGUUUGGCAGGACGCGUAAAGGCAGUAAGCUGGAUGCAAUGCGCGCGCGACAACAGUCAGAUCGAAAGACAGACAGCUACGGCGCGAAACCUGCUCCGCCUUCGAAUGUGGUCUACGGAGACGCCAUCCAGCACCAAGCUUUCGAUCUAGAUGAACCUCGCGCUGCACAAAUGGAAGAGCUGGCAAGGAAACGAGAUCAGAGCCUGACACCUCCGCCUGAAGAGCAUUUUGACAGCAAUAAGGAGAUUCGGAACAAGGGCACUGCUUUUUACCAGUUCUCCGGUGAUGCUGAGCAGCGAAAGCAGCAGAUGGACAAUCUGGAGCAAGAACGUGCUCAGACCGAGAAGAUACGGAAGGAGCGCGAGAGUAAGAUUGCGGAGCGCAGAGUACAGAUUGAGGCCCGGCGGCAGGAGAUACAGAAUCGCAACGCGAAGAGGAAAGCCGAUGACUUCCUUGCUGACCUGGGAGUGGAGAUGGGUGUCAAACACGAAGGGAGUAAGCAAAACGUCGAAGCGGAGGAGCCUGGCGAUACCCAAGCUACAGACAUGACGAAUCGCAUAGAGAGAGCGAUUCGACAAGAAAAGGGCGAUUGA